CUGAAAUCAUAGAAUACUAAAAAAAAAUAGAGUUAGAAGUCUUAUAAGAUUGUUUAAUGCCAAACUCGUCGUGUGUUGCCAUCAUAAUGCCACUAGGAGUCAAACCAUGCUGUGUGACCUGCAAAACUACCAACUCGCAGAUGUGGAGGCGGAGCGUAGAAGGCGAAAUUCAAUGCAAUUCAUGCUCGUUGAAACAACACCCGGCUGCAUUGACAGCUUGUGACAAUGGCGGCGGCAAACCCGUAACGUCGUCAAAAUCCAGUAACGACUCACAGAACGGUAAUAAUCACCAUGGUCGAUUUAGGGAAGGUACGAGGAAAUCAUCGAGAUCAUCUCGGAGUAUGAGGUACAAACAAAUGCUGAAUGCCGGGAAAAGUCACUUGGCAACCAAAGGAAAAAGUCGACGAGUUGUGUUCAAAAGAAAUCCUUUAAAAAGUCCAGAAGCAGUCUCAACAGUAGUUACCAGUAAUAGUAUAUUUUACAGGGGUAUGUACCAUCAAGUAGGUGAUAUAGUAUCCCUGUUAGAUGAAGGAGGUGGAAUCUAUUACGCUCAGAUACGUGGUUUCAUGCAAGAUCAGUAUUGUGAUAAGAGUGCUGUUAUUACAUGGUUACUGCCCUCACAGGCCAGUUCUAAAGAUCACUUUGAUCCUGCCACCUAUGUCUUGGGACCGGAGGAGGAUCUUCCCCGCAAAAUGGAGUACAUGGAAUUCGUUUGUCAUGCGCCAUCUGAUUAUUAUAAAGCCAGAAACACACCGUACGAAGUCAUACCAGUUACGCAUGAUACAGGGUAUAUAUGGACCAGCAUUGCACCAUCCAAACCGCCAUCAACAACAGAAAUAUUCAGUGGUAGUCGCUAGAGUUAAAAUAGAUUUUGUAUUGCUGGAGAACACUGCCCUCUGGAGUUCACAAACAUUUAUUUCAUUGUAUAGCAGACAUGGCAUUCACUUUCAUUUUUUUGUUAAACUUGUAUAUUAAAAUGAGAUUGGAAAUUUUUUUUAUUGUUUUCAUGUAGACCAGAGUUAGCACAAGCAUACGUGAUAAUUUUUUUUAUGAAAUGUUGGCUUGGUGCUUGUUUAAAUAUAAUACCACUAAUUAAGGUUGAAGUCUACUCAUCAUUUUUGACAAAAUUGGUCAUAAAUCGCAUGACAAUGUUCAUUAGUUUAUUAUGUACAAUCAUGAAGCUAAUGUCUUAUGGUACAAUAGCAUUACCAGGUAUUUUAUUUUUUGAAAAUUGCUAUUUUUAGAACAAUUCCAUAGAACACAAUGUUAAGGAAAAAUUGCAUUUUUUGACACUUUAAAACCCAGAUUUUUUAAAUAGUAAAUAAAAGUACUCCUUCAUUAACACAA